AAAAGCCGAUGCUCGUCUGAACCGCUUUAGCCCCUCGAUUUAUAAAAAUAAAAGCACAUUAUUGUGUCUGGCUCUGAGGAUUUAAACCCCUGAGCUGCGUGAGGACAUGAAAACUGAGACAUCCAUGGAUAGAGAGACCUCAGAAGCCUGUGUGAAGAAAGAGGAGACGCUGGAGCUGAAAAUCUACAACUAUGGAGACGAUCUCGACAACCCACCUGAAGGUCUCUCCGUUAAAGCGGAUGAUCCUGACAAUAAAGACUAUCUCUACUGUGAAGUUUGCAAAUCCUUCUUCCUCAACAAAUGUGAGGUUCAUGGACCACCCCUCUUCAUCCCAGAUACUCCUGUUCCCAUGGGAGUCCCUGACCGAGCCAGACAAACUCUUCCUCCUGGGCUAGAAAUCCAGAAGUCCAGUAUUCCUGAUGCAGGCCUGGGAGUGUUUAAUAAGGGGGAGACUGUUCCAGUAGGUGCACACUUCGGACCCUGCCAGGGAGAGCUGGUGAACAGAGAAGAAGCCAGGAACAGUGGAGACUCCUCGGUUGUAUACAGGAGCAUGCAGUGUGAAGAAUACAUUGAUGCCAAAAGAGAGAUGCAUGUGAAUUGGAUGAGGUAUGUGAAUUGUGCCCGUAAUGAAGAAGAACAGAAUCUUGUGGCAUUUGAGUAUCAAGGGGGAAUUCUGUAUCGUUGCUGUCGAUCCAUUAGCCCAGGACAGGAGCUCUUGGUGUGGUAUGAAGAGGAGUACACCAAAGAACUCAGUCCUGCACCAACAGGAACAACCAGACAGCAAGAAGAAAAGAACGCUCUGCUGCAAGUCUUUUCCUGCUCCACAUGCCCUCAUUCUGAUGCAUCUCAAAUUUCCCUCGACAAACACAUCCAGAGAUGCCACUAUGAAGAGUACGCGAGACUGCGAGAAUCAGGAGAGAUUAAAUAUGAGCUUCAGAUCCCCUACAAAUGCUCCAGUCGUCAACCAACAUCAGCUGAUACUAUCCAUUCUGAUACUUCCCAUAAUGAUAUACAGAAGGAAAUUCACCACUGCUCAGACUGUGGAAAGAGUUUUAGUCAUCAGAAUGCACUCAAGACACACCAGUGCAAUCACACAGGAGGAGAUCCACAUGACUGCUCACAGCGUGGUAGGAAUUUUACUUACCAGAGUGCUCUCAAAACACACCAGGGCAUUCACACAGGAGAGAAGCCGUAUCACUGCUCACAGUGUGGGAAGAGUUUUACUCAUCGGAGUACUCUCCAACGACACCAGCGCAUUCACACAGGAGAGAAGCCGUAUCACUGCUCACAGUGUGGAAAGUGUUUUACUCGUCAGAGUGCUCUCCAAAUACACCAGCGCAUUCACACAGGAGAGAAGCCGUAUAACUGCUCACAGUGUGGGAAGUGUUUUACUCAUCGGAGUAAUUUCAGAAAACACCAGCACAUUCACACAGGAGAGAAGCCGUAUCACUGCUCACAGUGUGGAAAGUGUUUUUCUCGUCAGCGUGCUCUCCAAAUACACCAGCGCAUUCACACAGGAGAGAAGCCGUAUCACUGCUCACAGUGUGGGAAGAGUUUUACUCAUCAGAGUAAUCUCCAAACACACCAACGAAUUCACACAGGAGAGAAGCCGUAUCACUGCUCACAGUGUGGGAAGUGUUUUACUCGUCAGUGUGAUCUCCAAACACACCAGCGCAUUCACACAGGAGAGAAGCCGUAUCACUGCUCACAGUGUGGUAAGAGUUUUACUCAGCAGAGUGGUCUCCAAAUACACCAGCGCAUUCACACAGGGGAGAAGCCGUAUCACUGCUCACAGUGUGGGAAGAGUUUUACUCAUCAGAGUGCUCUCCAAAUACACCAGCGCAUUCACACAGGAGAGAAGCCAUAUCACUGUUCACAGUGUGGACAGAGUUUUACUCAUCAGAAUGCUUUCCAAAUACACCAGCGCAUUCACACUGGAGAGAAGCCAUAUCAUUGCUCUCAGUGUGGACAGAGUUUUACUCAUCAGAAUGCUCUCCAAAUACACCAGCGCAUUCACACAGGAGAGAAGCCGUAUCACUGCUCACAGUGUGGAAAGUGUUUUGCUCGUCAGUGUGAUCUCAAAACACACCAGCGGAUUCACACAGGAGAGAAGCCAUAUCACUGCUCACAGUGUGAAAAGAGUUUUACUCGUCAGAGUGAUCUCCAGCGACACCAGCGUAUUCACACAGGAGAGAAGCUGCAUCACUGAUCAUAGUGUGGAAAGAUGUUUUUACUUAUUUAGUUACUUUUAAGACCUACAGGUGCAUUAACUCAGAGACAUUGCAUGAUUUAAAGUUGUCAAAUUAAAUAUGGUUAUUACAGUUUUGGCUGAAAAUGACCUGUACUUUGAACUUUAUUUUUCAUGUUACACUGGUCAACAAUUUUUCAGAAGUUGUCUGCUUCAGAGAUUAAAUUGGCUAUUAUGAAAUCUGGUGUGUUGAAUUAAAAGUGACGGUUAAUCAGCUGAUUGGCUAUGGCUUCCAAGAUAUUUAAGAUUUUAGAUUUUGUACUUACAGUAGUGCUUGAAAGU